AUGCCAACACUUGAUGAACUCAUCACUGAUCUAAAUGGCGCGACUGUAUUCAGCAGCCUAGACCUGACAUCCGGAUACCAGCAACUCGAGCUCGAACCCGAAAGCAGGCACAUUACAACAUUUUCCACCCAUGUCGGUCUUCGACGAUAUAAACGACUCAUGUUCGGAAUAAAUGCCGCAUUAGAAAUAUUCCAAAAUUCAAUUGCUGAGCUUUUAACUGGCCUACCGGGAUGCAAGAACAUUUCCGAUGACAUCAUUGUUUACGGUCGUGACGUCAGAGAACACGAUGAAAACCUGAACCGCAUUUUAACCCGUCUGCGAGAACACAAUGCCCGCCUUAACCGAGACAAAUGUGCAUUCCGUAAGUCAGAAGUUAUCUUCUAUGGACACUCUUUCAGCGCCGACGGAAUCAAAGCAGCCCCUCAGAAGAUCAAUGCCAUUAAGACCAUGCAACCUCCAGAAAAUCCAAGCGAAGUGAAGUCCCUCCUUGGUAUGGCACAGUACGUUUCACGCUUCAUCCCGAAUUAUGCCACCAUUACUGCCCCUUUACGUGCCUUAACCCAUCAGAAUUCCGUGUGGAAGUGGGAGACAGAAGAAGAAACCGCUUUUCGAAAGCUACAGAAUGAGCUAACUAGUGACCGAGUCAUGGCUUAUUUUGACCCAACGAAGUCCACCAAAGUACUCGUUGACGCAAACCCGACGGGUCUAGGAGUUAUUCUAAUGCAAGAUGGUAAAGUCAUCAGCGACGGAAGCCGUGCGCUGACUGAUGUCGAAAGUCGCUACUCCCAAACAGAAUGA